UUCAUUUUUAAUUGGUUUAAUCUUUUCCUAUGUUCAUUAGAUAGUUCUCUCGUUAAGAAAAUAUUACAUUUCUCUAGGUAGUUAUCCUAGAUAAACAUUCCUUAAAAAUGAUCCAUACAGUUUUUCAAAAUAAGAUGAUAUAACUUUAUUAUGGACUAAUUAUGCCUAUAAUGACUAUAAACAAAGACUCGGGUAUUUGUCAAACCUCUUUAAUCUGAAUAAAACUAUAAGAAGUCCCAAAAUGUUCAUGCAGGAUUAUCAAAACAUGGUUAAUUCUAUGGGAACAUCUGAUGGAUCUUCAAUGUAUAAAAAAGUUUGUAUAUGCGACGCUAAAAAUCGAGACUCCCUUAGAAACUCUCCUAAUAUGAAACCCUGUUGUAAUACAUGUAGCAAUGUUAUAUGGGGCCAAGUUGAGAGGAGAAGAAUGGAAGACACCAUUUCGCGAAUGCAACAGAAUCGCGAAAACCAAAUGCUGUUACUAGCAAAUAAUAGUGCAAAUUCGGUUUCUACGAACAUGCCUUAUAAUAUGGGGCCCUUAAGUCAAACUAAUUUUAACCGUGGAUUUGCAAUAAGCGACCUUAUGCAACCCCAAUCGUAUCCGUCAUACAUGAAUACAAAUUUUAUGGGAGGGAUGUCAAUCAACCCUAGCAACGAUAUUCAAUCCUAUCCUUAUUCGAGCCAAACUAACCCGUUGUUAAUGACAGACCAAAUGUUCGAUCAACCUAAUAGGUCUUUAAAUGAAACACCUUAUAAAGCCUUAAGUCUGGCACUAGCUUCUUCGGUUCCUGCUUUGGGUGGCCAAAGUCCUUUAGGAGAGUCCCUGAAAAAGUCCAUUCACGAUUUAAGGAUGAGUGUAACCGAUUUGAAAGAUGCCACCGAGAGUUUCAAUAAAGCCAACCUCAAAAAGUUUGAGGAAAUAUAUGGAGAAUAUGAUAAGUUGGUGAGAGAUUCCAUAAGCCGACCUUAUCAACAUUCUCACCAUCCUUCGGUUGCAUAUGCAAGCCAUCCUUCUUACCCUAAAGCUGCAACGAGGAGAAUGGUAGAAUUGGAUGAAGCUAGCGAACUAAGCUCAAUAGCUAGUCAAGGAGAAUCAGAAGUCAGUGAAGUCAGCAUUACCGAAAGUGAACCAGAGAAGAAGGAAAAGAGCAAAAAAAAGAAAAGAAAGAAAAGUAAGAAAAAAAAGAAGAAAAAGAAAGAAGGUAAGGAGGACGCCGCCAGCGAAACAAGUGAAGAGGAGAGCAAAUCUGGAGAAGAAAGUGCUGCGAAAAGUGCCGCCGACACGACAUCAACCGAAGCGAGUAGUGUGACAGAUGUGUCAGAGGCAGAUAGCGGUUCAAAGAAAAAGAAGAAAAAGAAGAAGAGGAAGAAAAAGAAGCACAAAAAGAAAGAAGGAGAGGGUGAGAGUAGCGGAGGCGAAAGCGGAGAAAGCGGUAAGAAGAAAAAGAAAGGGAAGAAGAAAAAGAAAAAAAAGAAGAAACGAAAGAAGAAAGAUUGAAAAAUGAAUGAAGUAAAUUUUGGU